CUUCAUCUCCACCGUCUCUCUUGUAGCCUUCUAUAUUUGCCUCCAUCUCCAACUUCAGGUUCUUGUAUUUCCACCGUCAUCACAAAAAUCGUAUCUACUUCUUUUGCAGUGCUACUAGUUACAGAGGGCUGGAGGAGUAUUGUUGAGAAGUUUUUUAGGCAACAUACGACUUCUAAUUUCUAUUCACAAAAGUAUUGGGGUGAGUUCUAGUUCUUCAUUUGUUGCAAAUCCUAUUUGUUAUUUUACAUCGCCGCCACACUCAUCAAACGCCGCCCAGGAAUUUUAAAAAUCCUAGAAAUAGCUUGUUUUCUUAACUGAAUGGUUUGUCUAUAUAGGUGGAUUUCUAAUCGGUUGCACAUCAGUCGCCAACGCUAGAAAUUUAGCUAAAGGUAGCUAAUGAAUUACUAGCAAGUUGUAUUUACAUUUGUCCAUAUAUCCUGAUUUGACCUUUUUAUAAGCUAUGGCCUAUGGUUUGGAUUCUCAAAUGGUUGGCGAUGGUGUUCAGAUAUCGGCGAGGGAGCGGCAACCUUUAAGUGGCCGGCGAUGACAUGAUGCAGGUACAAUGGUGGCUCGGAGGAAAUGUCGUUUCACUUGACAACGAUAGCGGCAAUACCAAUGUGGGAGAUGGAGGAUCAGCUUGGUAGUCUUCCAUCCUCCUCGGCGGCAGAUCUGGAAUCUGGAUUCAAUCUAUUACGCUUAACUGUUUCCUCCCAGAUCGCCUUCACCGUCGUACAUGAACCCUAAGAACAACCCAUCGACAACUUCUCUAUGGCGGAGAAGCUCUCCCUUGGUUCAGGGUUCACUAGUCGCGCCGGAGACACCCGCCACGCCGACUCCGAUAUGCUGUUCGCAUAUGCAUGGUUAAGAAUCGAGAAGAAGCUGGGAAAUUGGCGGGUUCAAAUGGAUUCUUGGGGAAGGGAAGGGGGUCUGAUGGGAGAGAGAAGGGGGAAUCACCCAAUUUGGGUUUCAAUUGAUUAGCAAUUCUUUCUUUGUUCUGCAAAGUGCAAACCCAAUCGGUUGGAAUUGGAAGGGAGUGAGAUUUUGGGUUUGUGAUUUUGGGGUUUUUAUUUAUCUUUGAUUCUGGGGUUUUUAUCUUCUUUCUUUACUCUGCACAGUUGUGAGAUUUUGGGUUGUGAUGGAAGCAUAAAAGAAAAGCAGCUUUUGUUG